AUGUUAUCCUCUUUGCGACGAGUGUUCCGUUCUAAGACCGCUCCGGUUCACGUUGAUGAGACGCCCAUUCCUGAGCCAUCGUCACAAUUUUUGCCCAGAACUCGAACAGUUAACUUGUACUCCGGUAUAAAGGUCCUACAUAGUUCUAAGCGUGAUGACGUUGAUGUUGUCUUUGUCCAUGGACUUAAAGGAGACUGUCUGAAAACAUGGACAGGCAAAAACUCCAAUGAACCAUGGCCAAAAGCGCUCCUCCCGGUUGAGCUGGGUACUGCUCGUAUUCUUACUUACUCCUAUGAUGCAAUUGUCGUCAGCAAAGAUAAUGUUCCAUCAUUAAAUAGAAUCUCCAACCAUGCGUCUAAUCUCAUAGCGGCUUUGGCGUCACUUCGACAGGGUGAUGGCACAAAUAAAAGGCCAAUUAUCUUUGUUUGUCAUAGUCUGGGUGGACUUGUUUGUCAAGAUGCACUUGUGGCAGCAAAACAACGAUCCGAGCAACACCUACAAGACAUUGCAAACUUCACACGGGGAGUUAUAUUUCUUGGGACUCCACAUCACGGAUCAAGUCUCGCCAAGAUGGGAGAGCUGGUUUCCCGCUCUGUCGGAAUGAUCAAAGACACGAAUAGUGACAUUGUCCAAGUACUCACACCAGAUUCGGAGGUCUUAGCUCGUAUCAAAGACAGCUUCCAAGCUCUUGUCAUGACUCGCAGCAAAAGCGAAGCCAAUACGAUAGAAAUCACAUGUUUCUACGAGGAAUUGCCCAAGAAGGGAGUAGGACUGGUCGUCCCGAAGCACUCCGCAAUACUGCCCGGGUAUAUCUCGAUUGGAAUCCACAAGAACCAUUCGGAUAUGACGAAGUUUAACAGCGCGGACGAGCCUGGUUUCGUUGCUAUAUGUGGCGAGCUCAAGCGUUGGAUCGUCAAGAUACGACGGUCCCAAGGAAAGUUCCAGAAGCAACAAGUAGCGCAUUGUCUCGUACCGUACUCUUACAAUCCAGAUUUCGUUGGGAGAUCCGAGACCCUCGAACUGCUCAAGACUCAGCUGGGCCACACAGGCACUGGCACCCAAAACAAAACUCAUCGGAGAGCCGCACUCCAUGGUCUUGGCGGAGUUGGGAAAACCCAAAUUGCACUGGCUUAUUCACGAUGGCUACAAGGUGUUUCCAAAAACACAUCAGUUUUUUGGGUCCAUGCCAGUAGUACCGAGCGAUUCUCAGAAGCGUAUACUAAAAUCGCCAAAGCAUGCAAGCUGCCUGGCCAUGAAGACCCAAGUUUUGACGCCUUGACAGUAGUCAAGGAUUGGCUCGAAAGUGAUGAAAGCGGACAGUGGAUGAUGAUCGUUGAUAACGCUGACGAUAUGCAAUUGUUCUUCCCACAACCAGCCGAUAUGCCAAAUUCAAAAUCUGGCGAAGAGGACGAUAGCCUUGCGAAAUUCAUGCCAGAGUGCGCACAUGGCACUGUCCUUGUCACAACGAGGAACAUGCAAGUGGGUUCAAGACUAUUGAAGGGCAAACGUCCUAUUGAAGUUGGGAAAAUGGACGAGUACGAGGCGACUCAGCUCUUGCGACAAGGACUACACCAAGGAGACGAGUCUUUGGAGAAUCUUUUACAACUAUCAUCCCGACUAGAAUUCCUCCCACUUGCACUAGUCCAGGCAGCUGCUUUCAUACAGGAGAACUGCAUCACAGUUGACGAGUACCUCGAACUUCUCAACGGGAGUGAGGAUGAUAUCAUGCAGCUACUGGACGAAGAGUUCGAGGCCACAGGUCGAGACUCAGACACUCCUCGUGCCGUUGCACAAACCUGGAUGUUGUCGUUUCAACAGAUUGAGAAACAGUACCCCUUCGCCGCCGAAGUUUUAUCCUUGAUGAGCUUGUUCGAUCGACAAGCUAUACCUCUAGAGUUUCUCGAGUUCUAUGGUGAAGAUAAGAAGCGCGCAGAGUCCAACAUUAGAAUGCAACUUGUUAAAGCGCUUGGAGUUCUCAAAGCAUUUUGUUUCAUUCGCGCUGAGAGAGGUGGCGAUCACAACAUGCAUCGUCUUGUACAGUUGGUGACGCGAACUUGGCUGUCCAGGAAAGGCAGAUUGGCUGGUUUCGCUAGGGAAGCUAUGGAAGCAGUCUCGGAAUUCUAUCCGUAUGCUGAAUUCGAGGAUAUUCCGACAUGUACCGCAUAUCUUGCACAUGCAUAUUCUGUGCUUGGAGCACAAAAGACGGAAUCGGACGAGGAUAGUCUCCUCAGGGCAUCACUACUUCACAGAGUCGCAUCAUUCUGCAAAUAUCAGAGUCGAUUGUCUGAAGCGGAGAGACUACAACGAGAGGGACUCCAGAUUCGAAAAGAGCUGCUUGGAGACGAGCAUACCGAAACUCUAGUCCUCACCUCUGACUUCGCAUCAUCUCUCGAGGAUCGAGGUGAAUGGGAAGAAGCAGGAAAGCUCCGCAUAUUCGUCUUGGAAACAUGGAAACGACUUAGAGGUGAAGAGAACCACAAAACUCUCGAUGCCAUGAACAGCCUUGCUGGAAACUAUAAUGACCAAGGUAAAACGAACGAAGCCAGAGAGUUAUUUACACACGUUUUUGAGGUUAGGAAACGUGUGCUUGGGACCGAUCACAUUGACACACUCGAUUCACUGGAUAACCUCGCAACGUUAUUUGAAAGAAAAGAGGCAGAGGAAAUGCAAAGAAAGGUGGUAGAAGCCAAACUCAGAGCUUACGGCGAGGAGCAUCUCGAAACACUCCACAGCAGAGCAAAUCUAGCUGCAACGCUCUUCGAAUUAGGUGAGUUGGGCGAAGCUGAGGAGAUCGAAACGAAAGUUCUGGAAAUCAGCAAAAGAGUACUCGGCGAAGGACACCCCAUUACUCUGAGGAGCAUGUGCAAUCUUGGCAAUACCUGGAUAUGUUUAGGAAAGAUGUUUAUGGAUUCGAGACAUUUGUAUCCUGAUGUAGACACGCUUGGGGAUGCAAGGAGGUUAUUGCAGGAGUGUGUCCAAAUACGGACGAAGUUACUUGGGGCUGAUCAUUUUGAAACUCUGGAGGUGUGUGAGCAUCUGAAGGAAUGUGAAGAGGCAAUAGAAAUGGCUGAUAGGCUUGAUGCCAAUGCGAAGGCAGUUGAUGUAAAUAGUCAUGUGGAAGUUUAG